CUCCCUGGCACGACAACAGUCUACAAACUGAAGUUAAGUCGACAUGAAACCGAAUCGACUGAUUGUAGGCCUUGAUUACGGUACUACUUACACUGGUGUCUCGUUCUGCGAAACCGCAGGCAACGGUACCGGCGACGAGCACAUUGAAGUAGUUCAUGACUGGCCAUCUCAGCACACCAAGAUCGGCACCAAAGAAAAGGUCCCUAGUGAAGUGACAUACCAGAAGCAAGGGUUGUUAUGGGGUUCACUCAUCCCACCCAACGUUCAGCGGCAUCUCUGGACGAAGCUUCAGCUGGAUCCGACCCAGAAAGGCGAGUUGGUCAAGAUCGUCCGAGAGGUCUCAACAUCUUCUGAGCAUCCGAAUAAGCAGCCUGUCGAGAUCAUUGCGGAUUUCCUAGCCCAGGUUAAGGCUCAUCUAAUCAAGAAUCUCGAUCAAAAAUACGGAAAAGUACUAUGGAGGAGCAUGAACGUCACCUUGGUAGUCACUGUUCCUGCGGUUUGGACUGAGGUCGCUAAAGCUCGUACGCUCGAGGCUGUCGACAAGGCCGGCUUCAACACAUCUGAGUUUCCCCAAUUGAAGAACAUUCUCAUGACUACUGAGCCUGAGGCGGCUGCGAUUUAUACCAUCAAGAGUCUACGAGGUACCACUCAGAAUUCUGAUUUUGCUGUGGGUGACGGCUUCAUUGUUUGCGAUAUGGGUGGCGGUACGGUCGACUUGAUAUCAUACAGGGUUACAGGAUUAGGGCCGACCGUUAUCGAGGAAGCGACUGUGGGUGGUGGUGAUCAAUGCGGAGGCAGCUUUGUCGGCCGAGCUUUCUUGAAGUGGCUUGAGCGCCGCCUGGGUACUAAAGACUUCGUGAAUAUCGUCGGCUGUCGCAGUGAAGAUGUUCCGCAUACUUCGCUCUGCAAAAAGGCAGCUAGGAUGCUCCAGGACUUUACGCUUGAGGUCAAGAGUGGGUUUUCCGGAUCAGAGACGAACCAUCUACGCCUGCCAUCUCCUCUAAACUCUAUCGAAGAGGAUGAAGCGAGAGGUAUUUACGAUGGUGAGAUUACCAUCACUCCAGAGGAUAUGAUCGAGAUGUUUGAGAUGCCUGUCCGCCGUACCUACGAACUCCUGGGCGAUCAGCUAGACCAGCUGCGGAAGAACAAGAAGGUCAAACCCAAGUAUGUCUUCAUGGUUGGUGGCUUUUCCGAGAGUCCGUACAUGUACGAAAAGAUCAGGAUGUUCGUCGCGAGGUGCAAUGGUUUACAAGCUGUCAAACCAGCUUACCCAUGGUCUGCUGUCGUCCGGGGCGCAGCCGCGAAGGGCUUGGAGGGUGCAAAGAAGAGCGCGAUCAAGAUCCGCAAAUGUCGCAGGUACUAUGGUACCGACUUCAGUCCUCCAUUCGAAGCAGGUAAACAUAAGGAAGCCGAUUCGUACGUCGAUGCCUACGAUGGCCUUAAGUAUGCGAGGAAUCAGAUGGCGUGGUUGCUCACUUUGGGUCAAGAUCUCUCGACAUCCAAGAAGGUUCACGCAAAGGCAUCUUUCUACAUAUCUUUGUGGCCAGGCCAGAAGCGAGAAUAUACUAUGAGCCUUCUCGCUUCAAAUGGACCGAAAGCUGCGCAACUUUCGGUUGAUAAGGCUGUGUAUAAAGUCACCGAACUAACCGUAGAUUUGAGUGUCGUUCCGAAAAAGGAGUUCAUGGCCAAGCGAAGCCCUUCAGGCGAGCCCUAUCACACACUGUCCUUCCAAGUGGCUAUCUCGGCACAGUCAUCACUUGAGUACUCUCUGCUGGUCAAUGGCAAGACUUACGGCACCGUGACUGCGAAGUAUGAUUGAGUAUGCGUUACUACGUGCUUCUCGAGCAGCCGUUCAUUCAAGUGCAGAUGGUGAUCCUUUUGAGGACUUGAGCUGGCAUUGGAGGGACAGAGUUGAAAAGGAAAACGAGUGCAGGAGUCACUUCUAGUAGUGAUCGGGAAAAGCUUAUCGAUUUGAAAGAAAGACCGACAUUGACGUUAGGUUUACUCUUUGAUCACACAGGUUUCUGAGUUUCUUCGUUAGUUGCACAUGU